AUGGCAUGGGCGAAUUCGGGCAUGCAAGCACUGAUUCCGGUGAUCAAUCGGGUCCAGGACGCAUUUUCUCAGCUGGGGACCAAUGUGAACUUUGAACUACCACAAAUCGCCGUCGUUGGUGGACAAUCCGCCGGAAAAUCGUCGGUUCUGGAAAAUUUUGUGGGAAAAGAUUUCUUGCCACGUGGCUCGGGUAUCGUAACCCGUCGUCCGUUGAUCCUCCAAUUGAUUCAAGAUCGCAACGAAUACGCCGAGUUUCUGCACAAAAAAGGACAUCGAUUCGUUGAUUUCGAUGCGGUUCGAAGGAAAUCGAAGAUGAGACGGACAGAGUCACCGGUCAUAACAAGGGAAUCAGUGCGCAUCCCAUCAAUUUGCGCGUUUUCUCACCGAAUGGUCAUGCUCAACCUGACCCUAAUCGAUCUGCCCGGCCUAACCAAGGUCCCCGUGGGCGAUCAACCAGCCGACAUUGAACACCAGAUUCGUGAUAUGCUGUUAACAUUUAUCAGUCGUGAGACGUGCCUUAUUCUGGCUGUCACCCCGGCUAACAGCGAUUUGGCCACUUCCGACGCGUUGAAAUUGGCGAAAGAGGUCGAUCCGCAAGGGUUGAGGACGAUUGGAGUGUUGACGAAGCUCGAUUUGAUGGAUGAGGGCACCGAUGCGAGAGACAUUCUCGAAAACCGCCUCCUACCGCUCCGCCGUGGCUACGUGGGCGUUGUGAAUCGCGGACAAAAGGAUAUCGUCGGCCGGAAAGACAUCCGAGCAGCCCUGGACGCCGAACGCCGAUUCUUCCUGUCGCAUCCAUCCUACAGACACAUGGCUGAUCGUCUGGGGACCACCUAUCUCCAACAGACACUUAAUCAACAGCUGACUAAUCAUAUCAGAGAUACGCUGCCGACACUACGGGAUAGCCUUCAGAAGAGGAUGUUUGCAAUGGAGAAGGAUGUGGCGGAAUACAAGAAUUUUGCACCCAAUGAUCCGGGACGGAAGACAAAGGCCCUCUUGCAAAUGGUGACCCAAUUCAACGCGGACAUUGAACGCUCGAUAGAAGGAUCGUCGGCGAAGUCGGUGUCGACGAACGAGCUGAGCGGUGGAGCGCGAAUCAAUCGUCUCUUCCACGAGCGUUUCCCAUUUGAGAUUGUAAAAAUGGAGAUUGACGAGAAGGAAAUGCGAAAAGAGAUUCAAUUCGCAAUUCGCAACAUUCAUGGUGUCCGUGUUGGUCUCUUCACUCCGGACAUGGCGUUUGAAGCGAUCGCCAAGAAGCAGAUCACUCGGCUCAAAGAGCCCUCGAUGAAGUGUGUGGAUUUGGUGGUCAACGAGCUGGCGAAUGUCAUCAGAACUUGUGCCGAUACCAUGGCUAGAUACCCCCGCCUUCGUGAUGAGCUCGAACGAAUCGUCGUGUCCUACAUGCGAGAGAGGGAACAAGUGGCAAAACAGCAGAUAGGGAUGAUCGUCGACUACGAACUGGCCUAUAUGAACACGAAUCAUGAGGAUUUCAUUGGAUUCACAAACGCGGAAGCGAAAGCGAAUCAACGACAGUCGGCGGCGCGAAACGUUGCGAAUCUGGGGAAUCAGGUGAUUCGCAAAGGAUGGCUAUCAGUGAACAACGUAUCAUUCGUCCGCGGCUCGAAAGACUCGUGGUUCGUGCUGAUGUCGGACAGUUUGCACUGGUACAAGGAUGAUGAGGAGAAGGAGAAGAAGUACAUGCUCCCGUUGGAUGGCAUCAAAUUGAGGGACAUCGAGAGCGGCUUCAUGUCCCGCCAACACAAAUUUGCACUGUUUUAUCCGGAUGGAAGAAACAUCUACAAAGAUCUGAAACUGCUGGAACUGGGUGCCAACAAUUUGGACGAAGUGGAAGCAUGGAAGGCGUCAUUCCUACGUGCCGGAGUGUUCCCCGAGCGACAAGUGCAACCGGUCCAAAAUGAAGAAGAACAACAGAUGACGUCACAGGAGACGUCGAUGGAUCCACAGUUGGAGAGACAAGUGGAGACGAUUCGGAAUUUGGUCGAUUCCUAUAUGAGAAUUAUCACUAAAACCAUCAAGGAUCUCGUCCCCAAAGCUGUCAUGCAUUUGAUUGUUAAUCAGGUAAGUGAAUUCAUGAAGGACGAACUGCUCGCUCAUCUCUAUCAAUACGGUGAUACGGACGCCCUGAUGGAAGAGUCGGCUCAAGAAUCGCAGAAACGAGAGGAGCUGCUUCGAAUGUAUCACGCGUGCAAAGAAGCCCUUCGAAUCAUUUCUGAAGUCAACAUGUCGACGUUGGCUUCGGCAGAAUCCGCCGCCCCUCCGAUGCCGUCCAACGACUACAGGCCACAGAUUCCGAGACAGGCGCCGGCGCCACCGCCUUCUGUGGCACGGCCUGCGCCGGUGCCACCGAGGGGAGGCGCUCCAGGAGCACCUAUGAUUCCGGCCCGCGUCCCAACCCCAUCGAACGGUGCUCCCGAGAUACCGGCUCGUCCGAAUGUCCCAAAGCGACCAUUCUAA